AUGGAAUCAAUGGUAGUGGUAGAAGUUGAAAUUGCAUUAUUUAGGUCAAUAGUUGCGGAAGGUACAUAUCCGACACCGUCAAUAGUUGCGGAAGGUACAUGUCCGACACCGUCAAUAGUUGCGGAAGCUAGCUUUGCCGCUGAUUCCGCUCUAUCAUUGACAACACCGCCACCACCACAGCUAUCGCAAGUAUUUAUGCCCUCUGCAGAGGACAACUAUUAG